AUGUCACUUUCCGACAUAUUACAACAGGUCCAGCGGAAGGGGAGGCUCCCCGUGGGCCAGGCGUCUGCUGGCAAGGAGUCUGUGACGAAGCAACCCAACAACGGAGGCGGCGUGAAAGUUGAUAGAAACACAAGAGACGGGUCUCAAGGGCAAAGAGUUGUUGAUCCGGUGGUUGCCCGGUUGAAAGCAGCAAGAAAGCUUGAGAUGGAGAAGAAAGAACAGGCAAAACGAGACAAAAUGGGCCAACCAUCAAAGAAAUUGGUUGCAAAGAUCCCCAUGAGAAAGGCACCAGCGCAACCACAGACUCGUAGAAACGAUCCUCGAACAAAGGGGAAUAGAGGCGUCACCCCGACUGCUUCGGGAAGAAAUCCUGCCUCGUCGUCCACUACGCCAACUGCGCCACCUAAAAAGAAGAUGAAAUUCAACGAAUUGAUGAAAAAGGCGUCCCAAAUCGACCAUUCAAAGUUGUCCAUCACUCCAACCAUCCGACCAAAGUCCACCUCUACAACGCCACCCAUUCAAAAGAGACCAACCGUGGCGUCAAAGAGACCACCACCACCUCCUCCUCCUCCUUCAUCCAGACCAGUAUCGUCUAAAAGACCCCCCACCACCUCCUCCACUACCGCUUCGAAAAGACCUCCAGGGGUGCCGGGCACAAACACAAGACCUUCAGGUCCCUUGCCCAUACGGAAACCAUCAUCGGCCUUGGAGAGGAAGCUCAAUUCGAAAAAAAACCUGCUGGUACUGCUGCUGCGUGUUGGCGAGUCCACCUCGUAUGGAUACUCCGACUACGAGUCUGACUCGGCCGAUUCCUUCAUUGUAGACGAUGAAGAAGAAGAAACUGCCGCUGCUGCUGCCGCCGCCAAGACAGACUACGAUCGAGACGAGAUCUGGGCCAUUUUCAACCGAGGCAAGAAGAGAUCUCACUACGAAUACGACGACUACGAUUCCGAUGAUAUGGAAGCCACCGGGGCUGAAGUGUUGGAAGAAGAAAGAAGAUCAAAGAGAAACGCCGAGUUGGAGGAUCGUAGGGAGUGGGAAGAAGAACAAAGACGUGCUGAGGAAAAGAGAAGACGGAAAAGAUAA